ACAGGGGAGGUCGUGUUUUGAUGAUUCAGGGAACAAAUUUUUGACAUGAUCAUACAGAUCAUGAAUGUUCAAAUACAUAGUAAAAAAUAAAAAUCCAUAUACGAUCAUGUAUGUUAUGGCAGCCAGAACGUUUUUCUCCGGGGAUUGAUUUCAAUAUUAGAGGUACAUUUUUUUUUCCACGCCAACAUUGAAAAAUGUUUAGGUUGAUGCCAAUAGGAAAAUGCCUGUUUUUUUUCGUUCUCGUCUCAUCGACCCUUUCCCAAAAUGACGAGUCAUUCGUGAAACGUAAUUCCAAGUUUGACUUGGUGCGGCUGAGAGAUCAUUACGUAGAUAAAACAGAAAUUCUGAAUGUGAUUUUUGAACAAUAUACUGAUACUCAAUGUCUGUAUUUGAGUGCUGCCCGUGGUUUUGGAUCUACUAUGAAUCUGGAAUUGGUCGAUUUCUUCUCCAACGUAGAAGCCGCUUCGCCCUACGACGAUUAUAAAGUAGUAGGACAAUAUGCUCAUUCCGUCUUACAGUACGGUUAUCACAUAUCUUUUGACAAGCAAGUAGGCCUAAGGUUUGAGAAUCUCAACUGGUAUGUUGUGGUUCAUUUACGUUUAUGGCAAUUCAAGCAAUUCGAAACCCGAUUCGAGUUCCAGUCUGAGCAUAUUGCAUGGAUUUUGAACAAGAUGAUCGCUUUGAGCCACAGGCGAUGGAAAUGGCUGAGUUCCGAAACCGAGUAUUUGAAGGAUCACACGAGAAAAAGAUUCCCGGGAUAUUAUCAUCGAGCGAUACGAUUUCUGAGACAAUUGGAGAAAACCAAAUUUCAGUUGGACAAGAUAGCCAAUGUUUUGAAAACAUAUGCCAAACUGUUGGUCAGAUUUUUUGGAAUGAUAUCCAUAUUUUUGGUUGACGACUACGAUACGGUAUUCCGGUACGCUCUACAGCAUUCAAAGUCUGGCGUUGAAAAGUAUUACCGCUACUUGAAUCGAAUGCUGCUCCCAUUAGUUCAGGAUCAUUGUAAAUAUGUGUACAAAGUGAUCAUAACUGGCACUACCACCCUACCUUUGUACGCAGGUGGUUGUAAUCUUGCUCCUAUGGUUAAAAAAUUCGCAUUUUUACGCGAACACGAAUUUACCCCUUAUUUCGGGUUCGACGAUGAAGAAGUCGAAGAAUUAUUCGCGACAUAUUCUAUUCCUGAGAGCGAGAAAGACGAAUUGAAAGAACUGGCUAACGGAUACAGAACUCUUGCCCAGAACUCAACCACACGCUACAAUGCACAUUCGACGAUGUCUUUUAUCAGACGGAAAUGCAACAAAACUGAAAAUAUUUUCGAAGGCACUGAUUUUCAAAGGGAUUCCCGAGACCAAGAAUUAUACUUCCCAACACCUUUCUUGAAAAUUAUCCCGUUCCGGUACAAGGUCAUCGAACUAUUGCACAAAUUCGACGUCAAAUUCAAUCUGACCGAAUUCGAUGAAGGCGCCUUUGAGCAAUUCGCCAAUUUCUCUUCCCUCGACAAAUCGAAAGAACAAAAUUUCAGUUUAGAUUUGCUGUUCACGUAUAUCUUUGAACAAGGCUACCUCGCUUUGAGCAACGUGCCCAAUAAAUACCGCAUACCCAACAAGGUAGCCAUGAAUGAGACAUGGACAGCGAUGAAAAUCUACUACAAAGAUGUUGAUCGACGAUCCCUUCGUUAUAUCGUGUCUUAUUUCGAGGAUAUUCUGCUGGCUCAAAACAACACCCUGCUAGAUGAGUUGAAACAAGAAUUGCAGAGCGAAUUGACGCGUUGUUUUAAACGGUUUCUAGAUCAGCAGCAUUUUCCAGAAAUUAAAACGCCCGAGUAUCUUUUUCAUAGUAUUAUUUACGCUGCUAUCGCCUCCUCAUCCUCCUCGGCCGAAUUGAGCUUUAUUGAAAAUGAAUUAGACGGUUUUGAUAAAUCGUAUAUUUCGGUUUUCAUUCCUGCCAGCAAUAUCGGUGGUGUUAUCGGAAUUAGAUAUUUUGAGAGCCUAGAAGGAGCUUCGGAGUCGACGAUCAGUGACUUUAUUCCCGAUACACGUUUUACCGAGGUGAAAUAUAUUACAAUUAAUAUUGAUCAACACCUCAAUACAAUGAUUUUAAUGUAA